AUGUUUGGAGAGUUCCAUACUUCGGGCAUAGAAGGUUUGUCGAAUGCGCAGAAUAAGGAUGUCCAUUGCGAUCCAAGCAAUAAAUCAGAAUAUUCAAGAGGAGCAAAUGUCAAUUUAGGUAAAAAACAUGUUUGGAGAGUUCCACACAUCGGGUUCGCCAAAUUCUUGGAUGAUGCUGGAGAACUUGGUUUUUAG